AAACAUUGUUAACAAACUCUCCCUAAAUCAAGGCCGCGUGAGCAUGUUUUCAGUUGUAAGAGCUCCAUUAUUUCACUUAACCAGAGGAUCAUCCAUCAGACAGGUUUUAAAGGAUGGAUCAAGAUGGUUUACAAAUACAGAAGAGUUAGGAUUAAGUUGCCAUAUUAUGAAGUCAAUAAGAGGGACACAAACUACUGGUGUUGGAGUGUCUUGUGGCAUCAGUCAUGUUCCUGGGAGUUCUUCACAGUAUUCACUACGAGAUCAAAGUUCUUUUUCAGGGUCAUUGGUGAAUUCUCAUCAAUAUAGAUAUUAUAGAUCAGGGAGAAAUAGUCGGAAUAUAGAAAAUCAAGAUGACAAACCACAGCGUCAGGGGAUCACUCCACAGCUCAUGGACUUCCCCUGGGUGAUAUGGCCUAACCUCUGGCAUACCAUCCGUAACUGGAUUUUUGCUAACCUCAUUAUUCACCGCUACUUAGAUCAAGAAUUUUCCGUAUCAUCCUUUAAGGCCGGAGCGAUUCAGGCUGUGGUGCAUGUGUCGCAGGAAUUAUCAAAGGGAAACUUUGAGGCUCUUGUUGACCUAUGUACUAAACCUACUCUAGAUGAAAUACGAACAAAUUUUGCCAGACUCUCUCUGAAGCAACGCCUAGACCUAGCUGUGGUUGCAGAGGACGUAUUUUUUUCAUUUCCCUACCAGAUUGGAAUAAUCUUCACCAAUGAAGGAACUGCAAAUGAACGCAUUUUUGUGGAGAUUACAAUGUGUUACCAUGUGUUCAGGGGAUUCCAAGACCAUAUAAAUAGUGCAGCUGCAGGAGAAUCAUCUGGAGGUCUACGAGGCGUUUAUGAUAAUUAUGAUCGCAUCUCCAUUGCAAAUUACAGGUUCAUUCGUGAAUUUACUCAAGGUGUUAAAGACCAGUGGACUGUCACUCUUGCCAAUCACUUCAAGCCCGGAGAGUUGAUCCAACAACGGUGAAACAACUUGCAACAUGUAGAGGUACACUCCCCUGACUUGAACAAAUCUGCAAUCCUAAAUAGAAAAGUUCUUAAUUAAAAAGUUCUGUCUUUUGGUUUUGAAACUCAGGGCAUAUUGUCAAGGGCAGAUCCAGGGGGGCGUC